UUCAGUUUCUCACCCAGGACACGAGAACCUCUCUAGCUUAAGCAUCCAGCCCAUCCUAUAGUUAUAGCCAUGGCCGACCCUUCUUAUUUCCAAAGUGCUCCCGUUAGCCAUGAGGCAUUCAAUCAUAAGGAAUUUAUGUUCCACGGCUUGUACAUGCAGCAGCGCCUCGAAGGAUCACCGAGCCAAAACAUGAAUGUUAUGGUGAAUCCUAAUCUUCCUUUUGGCAGUAUCGUUGCUAAUGACUGGACCAUCUACGAUGGCCUCGGCACCGAUGCGAAGCUUGUUGCACGCGCUCAAGGCUCGCAUAUGGAGACUGGUGUAACCGAAGGAACCUGGUUUAUUUGUUUCAACAUAGCGUUCGUCGAUGAGAGGUUUAAGGAUUCCAGCCUUAAGGUGCUUGGACAUUUUGAAGUACCUACGCACGGUGAAUGGGCAAUCCUCGGCGGGACAGGAGAUUUUGCCCAUGCACAAGGUAUUGUCAGCUUCAAAAAGGUUCCGGAGUUGGAUAACGGGAAAACUACGGUCCGGGAGCUUGAGAUCCGUGCCGUGUGCCUCAACUUCUCAUCGUCCCUGUCAUUGCCCAUGAAAGUGGGACCAUGGGGUGGAAAUGGAGGUUUCACUAAAGACAUGGCCGUACGAAAAUCAAUCCGUCUAGAGAGCAUCACAAUCAAUAGUGGCUCGCUCGUCUAUUCGCUUGCGUUUUCUUAUAUAGAUAAUCAGAGGAAGAGUCACACUGAGGGUCCCUGGGGUGGCAGUGGGGGCACCAUUCACACAGUAGAGCUGGGCCCUACAGAGUUUGUGAAGGAAGUAUCAGGGACCAUGGACAAUGUUGCACCUUCCGGAUUAACUGUAUCUGCACUGAUCAUCGCCACCAAUGUCAAACAGUAUGGGCCUUUUGGAUUUGUGCGAGGAACAUGGUUUGGCUUAGUCUUGCCAGAAGAUACAUGUGUUUUGGGCUUCUUCGGCCGAUCUGGAGAUGUCCUCGAUGCAAUUGGUAUCUACACCGGCCCGAUCCUAGCUUCAUGAACAUCCUCGCAUGUUUUCCUAGCCGCUAUUUCUACAAUUUCUAUUCCAAUAAUAAUAACUAGAUGGCCAGCGCGCUUCGCCACGCCGGCUGCCAGCCGUUAUUGCAUGGUCUUUUCUUUGAUUUCUUGUAUGUGUUAAUAUUCUAACAAUAAGAUGUCAUGAAUGUUCGGUUGAUGUACUC